CGCACAGCCAGCCGCCGCCAUUUUGAAAGGUGUUGGAGUGACCACGUGAGGAGGAAGUGAGUGAGGAGAGAAGACGACGGAGCAAUCGAGCGGAGCGGCUGAAGCAGGCGAGCCCGAGCCCCACGCGACUCCACUCGUCUACUCGACUACCCGGGCUAACGCUAGCUACAUGUGCUGAGGUCGAGGGGAAACUGCUCUCCACCGCCACGAUGCCGACAGUUACUUUACCGCCCAAAGAGAACGCACUCUUCAAGAGGAUCCUGCGAUGUUAUGAACACAAGCAGUACAGAAAUGGGCUCAAGUUCUGCAAACAAAUUCUAUCCAACCCCAAGUUUGCAGAGCAUGGAGAGACCCUGGCGAUGAAGGGAUUGACCCUGAAUUGUCUGGGGAAGAAGGAGGAGGCCUACGACCUGGUGAGAAGAGGCCUGCGCAAUGACCUCAAGAGCCACGUCUGCUGGCAUGUAUACGGCCUUCUGCAGCGCUCGGAUAAGAAGUACGACGAGGCCAUCAAGUGUUAUCGCAACGCUCUGAAGUGGGACAAGGACAACCUGCAGAUCCUGCGAGACCUGUCCCUGCUUCAGAUCCAGAUGAGAGACCUGGAGGGCUACAGGGAGACACGGUACCAGCUGUUGCAGCUGCGUCCAGCGCAGCGGGCCUCCUGGAUCGGCUACGCCAUUGCCUAUCACCUCCUAGAGGACUACGAGAUGGCGGCAAAGAUCAUUGAGGAGUUCCGGAAAACCCAACAGACAUCUCCAGACAAAGUGGACUACGAAUACAGCGAGCUGCUGCUGUACCAGAACCAGGUGCUGAGAGAGGCAGGCCUUUACAAGGAGGCCCUGGAGCAUCUGUCCAACUAUGAGAAGCAGAUCUGUGACAAACUGGCUGUGGAGGAGACACGAGGAGAAAUACUGUUGAAGUUGGAGCGUCUGGAUGAUGCAACAGAGGUCUACCGGCGUCUGCAGGAGAGGAACCCAGAGAACUGGUCCUAUUAUCGCGGCUUGGAAAAUGCCCUAAAGCCAGGCGGUGUAGAAGACAGACAAAAGAUCUAUGAAGACGCCUGGGAGAAGUUCCCUAAAGGCCUGGUUCCUCGCCGACUGCCCCUCAACUUCCUCACUGGUGAGAAGUUCAGAGAGUGUCUGGACAGGUAUCUGCGGUUGAACUUCAGUAAAGGCUGUCCGCCAGUCUUCACCACCCUCAAAUCACUGUACAACGACAAAGAAAAGGUGGCAAUAAUAGAGGAGUUGGUGGUCGGCUAUGAAACCACAUUAAAAAGCUGUAGAAUGUUCAACCAGAACGAUGACGGUAAGGAGGAACCACCCACCACGUUGCUGUGGGUGCAGUACUUCCUGGCACAGCACUACGACAUGAUUGGCCAACAGACCAUGGCUCUAGAAUACAUCAACGCAGCCAUUGAGAGCACGCCUACGCUCAUCGAACUCUUCCUUAUAAAAGCUAAGAUUUACAAGCAUGCUGGGAACAUCAAAGAAGCUGCUCAGUGGAUGGAUGAGGCCCAGGCCCUGGACACCGCUGACAGAUUCAUCAACUCCAAGUGUGCCAAGUACAUGCUGAAGGCUGGCAUGGUCAAAGAGGCCGAGGAAAUGUGCUCCAAGUUCACCCGGGAGGGGGCGUCAGCAGUGGAGAACCUCAACGAGAUGCAGUGCAUGUGGUUCCAGACGGAGUGUGCACUCGCCUACAAGUCCAUGAACAAGUUCGGGGAUGCCCUCAAGAAGUGCCACGAGAUUGAAAGGCAUUUUGUGGAGAUAACAGACGACCAGUUUGAUUUCCACACCUACUGCAUGAGAAAGAUGACGCUACGCUCCUAUGUGGACCUGCUGAAGCUGGAGGAUGUUCUUCGGAUGCAUCCCUUCUACUACAAGGCUGCAGUCAGCGCCAUCCAGAUCUACCUGAGCCUCCAUGACAAUCCCCUCACCGACGACAGCAAGGAGCUGCAGGCCGACACUGCUAACCUCUCGGACAAAGAGCUGAAGAAGCUGAGGAACAAGCAGCGGAGAGCCCAGAAGAAGGCCCAGCUGGAGGAGGAGAAGAAGAUCGCAGAGAAAGAGAAGCAGCUUAAGAACCAGAAGAAGAAGAAGGAGGAUGAUGACGAGGAGAUUGGAGGACCCAAGGAGGAACUAAUACCUGACAAGCUGGUCAAGGUAGAAUAUCCACUGGAAGAAGCUGUCAAGUUCCUGAUCCCUCUCAAACACCUGGUCAAGGACAAAAUAGACACACACCUGAUGGCCUUCGAGAUCUACUUCAGGAAAGAAAAAUACCUGUUGAUGCUCCAAUCAGUGAAGAGGGCGUUGGCCAUUGACGCAGACCAUCCAUGGUUACACCAGUGUCUAGUACGCUUCUUCAAAGGAGUCUCUGAGAGCACGGAGCUGCCGGAGGUGGUCAGGACGGUGCUGAAGCAGGAGAUCACCCGGCUGUUUGGAGACAGCAACGCUAUGAGCUUCAACCAGGCCUACCUCACCAAGCACUCAAACUCCAUACCACACCGACUGGCUGCUGCUAAGAUGAUGGUGCAUCUGGACUCAUCAACGGAAACCAAGGCAGCAGAGCUGGCCACUGCACUAGAUGAGUCACUCAACAACAGAACCAUACAGAUCUGCACAGAGGUCCUGGAGUGUCUUCGGGGCGCCGUGCUGGGCGACUGUAAGGAGCUCGCAGAGUCGUACCGCGCCGAGUGUCACAAGCUUUACCCCUACACGUUAGCUUUUACGCCACCGGGAUACGAGGAGAACAUCAAGAUCGCCAAUGGAGAUGUUUCCACGGAAACGGAGGAGCUAGCCAAUGAGAUGUGAGCGCGAUAGAACAACAGCGGAUGAGAGAAGGAAUUGGGCCGAGCACGGAGCCUUGUGGUACGCCUGACAGCCAUUUUGUAGAGCCAGACAUGGGGAAGCGAAAAUGGGUGUUUCGUUCGUUGGCUCAGCUUAAUUGGGUCUGUCCUGGCAUGGCUUGGCUCUCUCCCACAUGGUGGAAAUCAGGACUGUGUGUGUGUGUGUGUGUGCGUGCGUGCGUGCGUGUGUGUGCGUGUGUGUGUGUGUGCGCGUGUGUGUGUGUUUGUUGAGAGCAUGUGUGCGGUUGUGUAUAUUUGUGGGAAAGAGGGGAGGGGGGGGAAAGAGGAAGAUAACAGAAUGGCCAUUUUACUUUUUUAAUAAAGCUGACAACCAAGCUGAAAAAACGAAAAUAAACAAUAGUUAUUGGCAAACUGUCGGGAGAAACUGUGACGGACUGACACGGACUGUCUGUUUCCUCUGAGAUGAUCAACAACGGUGACAGCAACCACUCGAGUUUGACUCAGUGCUGCUCCGACACGCCUAUCGCACACUGCGUUCCCCCUUAUUUUAAAAAGCUAAUUUAAAUUAAAUUGGACAUUAAACUGUCACCGGGGGACGGGAGACUGAGCUGAGUGGAUCUGAUCUCUGACAGAUCUGUAGGAAGCUGAGUGGGAGGAGCUACUGAGGACCCAAAGUAGACACCGAGGACAUCAAACUACCACAGGCAUAUCUGUUUAAUCUGUAACGCCCCAGUAAACCGCUGGUCUACAUGUGGCAGUGCAGCGGAGUGUGUGAGCAAGGCUCGAUCUCUGCGGGCGAACAGCACCAAGAACGUUGCCCAACAUGUGAACAGUUUUUUCUUCCCUCACAGUUCCUGGUUAAACUUUGGAACAUGUAAUCCUCUGUCUGUUAUUAUGGAGCACCUUGUAGCACAGAUUAAAAACUGUAAAGGGUUGUGUGAUGUGCGCCAUUUCUAGUACAGUGAUUCUCUUUAACAUUUUUGCAUAAUUCUGAGAGAGUUGGAUAGAUCUAAGCAAUACCAUAGACACCUUCCUGUCCAGAAUGGAUUAGUGAAACUCUUAUUGAUGAUAAUCAUUUCUAGAUCUGGUUGAAGUGGUUACACGGAGCCUCCUGGCAGAGUCACUUGUGUUGUUGCUGUUGUCACUUGUUAGAAAUGGUUUUAUCUGCAUGCUCAAAGGGACUAACAGUCUGAAGUAGGAUGUUUCCACUCUGAUAAUUUAAAUGACUCCUCAAAAGGUCAGAGUUCAGCAUCGAAGCCCGUUGCCCGAAGUGACAGAAGGGAAAAAUGUUACACAGCCAGUAAACUGAUGAGCAUCUGGAAUUUGUUUUAUUUUUUCCGUUCCUCCCCCUUUUUCCCCCAAUAAUCUUAUUUUCUUCCCUGUUUUCCUCUAAUUUGGGUUCUAAUGUGAAAGAUGAAAUCUGAGAUGGCGAUGUAUGAUAUCUCUGGAUUUUUUUGUAUUAAAACCAAACGAAAGAAAACAAUUUACUUCUUCUUAUGUGUACUUUGAGCCACAGGUUAACCCGCUGAGCUGCUGCAAAGUCAGACUAAGCAUUGUGGGUGAGGUUGACCUCACAUUUUGGUCCUCUGUAUAUAAAAUACAUACAGUUUGUUAGUUAAAUAUGCAUUUGUUAUUAAAUAAAUAAAUCAUUAAAAUCCCAGCCAGAGUUGGUUUAAGUCAA